CGCGUAAAAUGUCGUCAUCGCGAUAACGAUUCUUGAGUUCAUACUGAUCAUCAAACAAAGUUUCAUUUUGACAUCCAACCGGAACAAGCCUUCCCAGUAAUCAAGUAAGAUGGCGGACCUCAAGUUCGUGUACUUCAACCUGCAGGCCCGGGGGGAACCUGUGCGACUGAUCCUAGCAGCCGCCGGACAGAAGUACAAGGACGUCCGCCUCUCCUUCCUGGACUGGCCUAAAGAGAUGUCCAAGGCACCAUACGGGCAACUUCCUUACGCGGUGUACAACGGAAAACCUUACGGCCAGACGGUGGCUUUGGCGAACUUUUUCGCCAGGAAGUUUGGCUUGUAUGGGAAAACUGAUGUACAGAACCUUCGUGUUGACGAGGCUGUGGCUCUGUCGGGGGACUUUAUCAACAUUAUAUACAACGCCAAGUCUGCGAAGGACGACCUCAAGAAGGAAGAACUGAACACGAAGCUAUUUGAAGUGGACGCACCAAAGUUUCUGGGAUACUUUCAGACGAUGCUCAAGGAAAACGGAGACACUGGUUAUCUCGUGGGGGAUUCGCUGACACAGGCCGAUCUGUUCCUCUACAAUGUCCUUGACGCUCUCAUCUUUGAGAAGUCUGACGCCGCCUCCAUCUUCCCACCGGAAAUAGCCAAGCUGCGCGAGCAGGUGGAAAAUCUUCCCGGACUGAAGGAGUAUAUAGCCUCCAGGCCAAAAGUGAAGUUCUAGCUGUCAGACACCGGCAAUGUCGUUAUGGCCUUCAUAGUAAAAUGCAUCUCGGACUAAUGUGAUUGAAGUUGUCCCGCCAACAGUCAACAAGAUUUAUACCUCAGGCGCAUAUUUAUUACAGAAACGAGAUCCGUUUUCAAAGAGUGUUUGGAGAAGGCGACUGUGAUGUAAACUGUAAACUUUGUUUGUUCGGUUUGGGUUUUUUUUUUUUUUUUUUUUUUUUUUGCUUAUUUAUUUACUAUGUAACAAAACUUUGAAAAAUAAAGCGUAGAGUAUCUGGAACGAGGUUUCAGGGACAUUUUGCAAAUGUCAAACGUGUGGAUGUUUGUAAGAAGAAAGAUAGAAGAUCGAACAGAGAACGUUUUUCACUACCAAUGUUACAAAUGGUGGUUGAUACAAAACAAGUAUAAUAAACCAUAAGAUUAGAUGAAAAUAAUGUCUGGAUGAAAAAUAAACACUCUCGGGUGACAUCAUCGUGUUUAUUUACAGAGUCAUGGAUAGUUAUAAUGGUGACCAUAUUUAUUCUUUCAUUCUUUCCCAAGUUUCACACAUACACACGUGAGAUUAUUUUAUGAGUACCUAGACACACUCUGCUCACUACAGACUGAGAGAGAAAAUUAACACCUUUGAAAGCAAUCUUUCUUAAUAUCUUCUACCUGUCCUAGAAUAUUAAUAUCAUGCGCUCAUUCACAAAACAUGUAUCAUCAUAAAUUCAUUAAAAAAUACAAACGUUUGAAAUAACAGAACACUUCAAUAUUUAACAAACAUUACAAAGUCAAUUUUGGACAACAAGCAGCAGAAUUUUUUUCAAAGUAUCCAGAUCGGCACACAUGAAAUAUUUGGUGUGUUACUUUGCUACUUCAUUAGGUCGUUA